AUGGCCGCAACUGCGAUUGAAGACUGGCUGGACCUGGAUCAGACUAACGUACCACCACACCGCUGCAAACGGGUCAUCAAGGAAUGGCGAGACGGUGAUGAGGCUUAUGUGAAGUGUCGCGCUGAUGAUGGAACUACACAGACUCACAGACUUGUCGCCAUGUCGUCCCUUUCUCGUCGAGCAUGCUACAAGUGUGGCAACGUUGGCCACUAUGCUGAGGUCUGCUCCUCUGCUGAGCGUCUCUGCUACAACUGCAAGCAGCCAGGCCACGAGUCCAACCAGUGCCCUCUUCCUCGUACCACUGAGGCUAAGCAGUGCUACCACUGCCAGGGACUGGGACACGUCCAAGCUGACUGCCCUACCCUUCGUCUGAGCGGCGGCGGUGGUAACGGACGGUGCUAUAACUGUGGACAGCCCGGCCACCUUGCCCGAUCUUGCCCUAACCCGGCUGCUGCUGGUAUGGGCCGUGGAGCACCUGUCGGCCGUGGUGGAUACGGAGGCGGCGGCUUCGGAAGAGGUGGCUUCGCUGGAGGCCCUCGGCCUGCUACUUGCUACAAGUGCGGUGGCCCGAACCACUUUGCUCGAGACUGCCAGGCCCAGGCUAUGAAGUGUUACGCUUGCGGAAAGCUCGGUCACAUAUCGCGAGACUGCACCGCUCCCAACGGCGGCCCUCUCAAUACUGCUGGCAAGACCUGCUACCAGUGCGGUGAGGCUGGUCACAUCUCCCGGGAUUGCCCCCAGAAGGCGGCUCCCAGCGUCGAGAUCCCUGCUGAGGUCGAGCUGCCAGCUGCCGCAGCUAUCGCCCCUAUCGCCCCUAUCGCCUCUAUCCCCCCUGUCGCAUAA